AUCAAACACACAGCAGGACGCACUCCAUCACACUUCGCCUCACGCCUGCUUCGCCUCCGUUCACUGAGGUUCUUCCUGAAGACGAAGAAGAUGCCUCUCCAGUCCACUCUGUCCGGCAGGCGCUCCGUUCAGGCCGAGAACACACAGUACGACGGGAGGUCGUUUGAGGAGCUGAGGCACGAAUGUCUCCAGAAGGGGGUCCUGUUUGAGGAUCCAGACUUCCCUGCCACUGACUCCUCACUCUACUACAGCCAGAGUGUACCUGUCAACAUUGAAUGGAAGAGGCCCAAGGAACUCUGCGACAACCCAAGGUUCAUCGUGGGCAAAGCAGACAGGACAGACAUAUGUCAAGGACAGCUCGGGGACUGCUGGCUCCUGGCAGCCAUUGCCUCCUUGACCCUGAAAAAAGACGCCAUGGCCCGAGUCAUCCCCCAUGACCAGGAGUUUGACCACAGAUACGCUGGCAUCUUUCACUUCCAGUUCUGGCAGCACAACAAAUGGCUGGACGUGGUGGUGGAUGACAGGUUGCCUUCAGUGAGAAACAACCUCAUCAUGCUUCACUCUGCCUCCAACAACGAGUUCUGGAGCGCCCUGCUGGAGAAAGCCUACGCCAAAGUGCACGGCAGCUACGAGGCCCUGAAGGGCGGCACCACGAUGGAGGCCAUGGAGGAUUUUACUGGUGGUGUGGGAGAAAUGUACGAAACCAAGAAGGCUCCGAGCAACCUGUUCUCGAUCAUGAAGAAGGCCCUGGAUCGAGGCGCCAUGAUGGGAUGCUCUAUUGAUAUCACCAGCUCUGCAGAGUCUGAGGCGAAGACGUCCAGCGGCCUGGUGAAGGGACAUGCAUACUCCAUCACAGGCCUGGAGGAGGUGCAUUUUAGAGGGCAGAAGGUCCAGCUGAUCCGGGUCAGAAACCCCUGGGGUCAGGUUGAAUGGAACGGCCCGUGGAGUGACAAGUCCAGGGAGUGGAAUUAUGUCGACUCAGCGGAAAAAAAUCGCAUCCUGCAGAACUCGACUGAAGACGGAGAAUUCUGUUCCUCCCCGCUGUGUCUGCAGGACAAGGCUAUCUCCGUCAGAGAGCUUCAGCAGAUGCUGAACGGCGUCCUCAGCAGGCGAAGAGAGAUCAAAUUCGAUGGUCUGAGCUUGAGCACCUGCCACAGUAUCAUCAACCUCAUGGACGCGGACUGCACAGGGAAGCUGGAGUUCCAGGAGUUUAAGGUCUUCUGGGAAAAGAUGAAGAAAUGGAUCAUGCUCUUCCUGUCCUUUGACACGGACCGAUCAGGGAAGAUGUCGUCCUACGAGCUUCGCAGCGCUCUCAAAGCAGCAGGCAUGCAUCUGAACAACAAGCUCCUGCAGCUGGUGGCCUUGAGGUUUGCUGACGACAGAUACGACAUAGACUUCGAUGAUUAUCUCACCUGCAUCGUCCGUCUGGAGAACAUGUUCAGAGUUUUCCAGUCUAUGGACAAAUUUAAGAGGGGACGAGUGAACAUGAACAUGCUGCAGUUCCUCAUGCUGUCGAUGAACGUCUGAACACCAGCAGAAGAACAAAACACACCACACAGUCUUGGAAUGCAAUAAUCAGAUCAUAAUGAUGGAUGCACACAUUUUUUUUUUUCGUUUUUUUUCCAUGUUUCUCAACCUCUGUCCAGUUUAUCUGCCAUUAUUUGAACAAAUAAUGUGAAAUGCUGUCUGAGCUUAAGUUUUUGAGUUUUGGGGGAAGGGUUAAAUUUUGCUGACGUGAAAUUUUGGACAAAACAUUGGUUGAUUUUCUCUGUUCACUGCCACAACGGAAAUACAUUUUGAAUAAAAUCCUUGCCUUUGUC